AUGGGCGCCUAUCUCUAUGGGCGCCUAUCUCUAUGGGCGCCUAUCUCUAGGGCGCCUAUCUCUAUGGGCGCCUAUCUCUAUGGGCGCCUAUCUCUAUGGGCGCCUAUCUCUAGGGGCGCCUAUCUCUAUAGGCGCCUAUCUCUAGGGGCGCCUAUCUCUAGGGGCGCCUAUCUCUAUGGGCGCCAAUCUCUAGGGCGCCCUAUCUCUAUGGGCGCCUAUCUCUAUGGGCGCCUAUCUCUAGGGGCGCCUAUCUCUAGGGGCGCCUAUCUCUAUGGGCGCCUAUCUCUAUGGGCGCCUAUCUCUAUGGCGCCUAUCUCUAUGGGCGCCUAUCUCUAUGGGCGCCUAUCUCUAGGGCGCCUAUCUCUAGGGGCGCCUAUCUCUAUGGGCGCCUAUCUCUAUGGGCGCCUAUCUCUAGGGGCGCCUAUCUCUAGGGCGCCUAUCUCUUUGGGCGCCUAUCUCUAUGGGCGCCUAUCUCUAGGGGCGCCUAUCUCUAGGGGCGCCUAUCUCUAUGGGCGCCUAUCUCUAUGGCGCCUAUCUCUAGGGGCGCCUAUCUCUAUGGGCGCCUAUCUCAAGGGGCGCCUAUCUCUAGGGGCGCCUAUCUCUAUGGGCGCCUAUCUCUAUGGGCGCCUCCUUAGGGGCGCCUAUCUCUAG